GCGCGUUUAUUAUCGAGUUUUCCGAUCUUCUUUCAUUCUCGCGAACGGGAAAAGAAAUUAUGGGUGGCUCCGCCGCUACGACUUCCGCUUCCGUACUGUUCUUUCUGGCUUUGAUCUUUGCUGCUUCAGUCGCUGCCGAUGUGGGAGCAAUCACCGGAAGUAAUGCGGAAAAUUGUCAAGUUAUAAAUGCCACUCCUGGAGUGCUGAUCGAAUCUGUUCAAUCUAAAGAUAUUGUGCGCUGUGCACGUGUCAAUGUUUCUGGUCUAUCAAGACUGAAACUCGGGAGUUAUUCUAGUGCCCACAGGAUCACUUUGGUCCCAUCAGAUAGCAUACAUGAGAAAUCCCACAAGAAAAUUCAAAUUUGUUUACACAGAAAUGCCUCACUUGGACUGUGUCAAUGUGAGAAUGGUUACUGGGAUGGUAUCCAUGGUGGAAUAUGGAGCACUACAAUAUCCCCAUAUGAAGAUGGAUUCAUUGAUGUGAAGUUUGUUGACAACUUGUUUGGUUCAGUGACCGUCAGCACCAAAUUAGAGUUCCAUAGCUGGAGGUUAAUUUGUUUAGCCAUUGGUUUCGUUUUAUUGCUUCUGGCACCAAUUGUUAGUAGCUGGGUUCCAUUUUACUACAGCAGUUCAAUGGCCAUUGGAGUUUGUCUUGUUGUCAUAAUUGUUCUCUUCCAGGGAAUGAAACUGUUGCCAACUGGCAGGAAAAGUGCUCUCUAUAGUACCAUUUGCGGUUUGGCACUUGGAGCAGGGUCCUUUUUACUGAACAGAUUGUCUGUAUUUGUCAAUUCUGUUCUUAUCAACUUUGGCAUCAAUCAAGAGAUGCACAACCCUGUGCUUGCAUUUUUGCUAGUUGGAGUUGUACUGGCUGGGGCUGCUUUUGGCUAUUGGCUUGUACGGAAAUUUGUUGUUGCUGAUGAUGGAAGUGUGGAUGUUGGAGUAGCCCAAUUUGUGAAAUGGGCUUUACGUGUAGUAGCUGUGACUUUCAUUUUCCAGAGCACACUUGAUAUUCCAAUGGCAAUGGGACUGCUGAUAUUAUUUUCUGGAUUAUACUUUUCUCUCACUUCUUUUAACUGGCUUGGCUUCAGUGAUUCAACAUUUUCACCAGACUUGAGUCCUCCAAGAAGAAGAAGUGUAAGAGUAAGUAAGACUAAGCGCGCUGAAUUCCUCAGAAGGUCUGAAACCACGGCCCCCCGAGGAAGUCUGCAGAAAAGUUAUAAGGGUUCACCUACAUAUACAAAUUCUCCUGGGAAAGGUGUGGAGAGUUCAGUUGACUACUACUCGACUUUCCACAAAACGCCCAACAAAAAGAAAUAUUCCCAGGAAGAAUGGAAGGAUUUCACAGAGCGAAGUACGCGCCAGGCUGUUGCAGAGUUGGCAUCCUCUCCCCAAUUCACUGAUUGGGUCGUGAAAAAUGCAGAUAGAAUACAGCUCCAGUCAACAGAGAGAAGCUUCAGUGAAUCUGUUGGAAGUGGGUCAGAUUCGAAUGAGGACAAUAUUGCAGCAAGCAGUAGUGGCAGAAGCGGUCUAUCGUGGCGACGCCCAUGGUAGAUAGAGCAUCAUAUAAUGUACCUGCGCCUUUUUUAUCUCAUUAUUUUUCAAUCUUACUUAGCAUCAAGUUUAUGUAUAUGGUAGAGAUUGUCAUAUUACUGGUAAUAUAACAUAGCAGAAAAUUACUAUCAGCACAAAUGUAGUAUUACCUUUGUGUGUUUACUUUUGAAAUGAAAUACUACUGUUUUGUAUC